AUAAUUCAUAUAUAUUCAUACAUACUUAAAUAGAAUUCGUAUUUUUAACUAGUCAAAGAAGAAAAAAGAAAACAAUGCGCGAAGAUCUUAUUUCAUCUGCUGUUUCUUUUUUGUCUGAUCCCAAAGUACAGUCAGCUCCUUUAGCAAAGAAAAUUUCCUUUUUGGAAUCAAAAGGAAUGACGUCGGAUGAAAUUGAAGAGGCAAUGGCACGUUCGAAUGGAAAGUCUACUAGCGCAAUCUCUGCUACAACAGCAAAUACAAAUAUACCUCAGGGCGGUAUGAUGGUGCAGCAACAACCUGGUAUGGCCCUUCAACAUGUGCCUCCACCUAUUCCUCCUAGGUUAGGAUAUGAUUGGAGAGAUAUUUUUAUUGCUGCUGUAUUAGCCGGUGGUGUAGGUUAUGGUGUAUGGACUUUAGCAAAGCGUCUUUUUGGUCCAUGGUUUAAAGUUCCUACACAAAAAGAAUUAGAAGAAGAUAAAGAAAAAUUAGAUGCCCAAUUCCAAGCAGUGGAAGAUUCAUUGAAAGAAAUCAAAGAUCAAACAAACACAGCACUUACAACUGUAACAUCACAAGCCAAAAAAGUUGAUGACUCUCUUGCCAAUCUUGAAACUGUCCUUAAAGAACUUAAAGAAGGUGAUGAAAAGAGAGAUGAUGAGUUUACAAAUGUCAAACGUGAUAUUGAUGCAUUAAAGGAGUUAGUCCCAAAGGCUUUAGAACGUAAUAAGGAAUCACAAAAUGCUGUUUUGGUAGAUCUUCAGAAUGAAAUGAAAUCCCUAAAAUCACUUUUAGUAAGUCGUCGUACUGCAACAUCUACUGUACUCGAUCAAAUAUCAAGCGCACCUACUUCACCUGCUCUUAGUAAUACGCCUGUUGGUAUUUCUUCGCCUAUUGAUGGACUAUCUUCUCGUCUUGCUGCAACAAUUAAUAGUAGUGGUACUCGUGCAGGAAUUCCUGCCUGGCAAAUGGCUAACAAUUCUAUAAACGACAAUAAAACCUCUGAUCCUAACGAUAAGGAAUCUAUAGUAACUACUACUAAUACUACUACAACGAAAUCUGAAGCCUCUGGGUCUUCAUCAACAAAUUAAAUGUGCUUAAUCAUUACAUAAAAGUAAAUCCUUUAAUGCUUUCUUGUAUACAUAUACAUAUACAUAUAAUGUAUUAUUAUUUUGUAUUAUUAUCUCGAUAUAAUACUAUAUUUAUAUACAUAUUUCCUUCUUUUAUCAUUACUUAUUUUAUUAUAUAGAAAUCUUACUAGUAAUAUUUAUAACCGUAUUUACUUUAUAUGUUUAUAUAAAAUAGGCUUUAUUUAUAAUAGUAUUAAAUACGACUUUCCAU